UCACCAGCUUGUCGGUAGCCAAUCGAGAGGGAGGUUUCACCUGCAUAUGGUAUAUGGUGGAAGUGAGGCUGCUCAUCUCUUCAGACGGAAAUACAGUGCAGUUAUUCAUGAUGCAGUUCAUGCUGCUGUUCAGUCGUCAAGGCAAGCUCCGGCUGCAGAAGUGGUACGUGCCUCUGUCUGACAAAGAGAAAAAGAAGAUCACCAGAGAACUGGUGCAGACAGUGUUGGCCCGGAAGCCUAAAAUGUGCAGCUUUCUGGAGUGGAGAGACCUAAAGAUUGUUUAUAAGAGAUAUGCCAGCCUGUAUUUCUGCUGUGCCAUAGAGGACCAGGACAACGAGCUCAUCACUCUGGAAAUCAUCCACAGAUACGUGGAGCUGCUGGAUAAAUACUUUGGCAGUGUUUGUGAGCUUGACAUUAUUUUCAACUUUGAGAAGGCCUACUUCAUUCUGGAUGAGUUCUUGCUGGGUGGCGAGGCUCAGGAAACGUCCAAGAAGAACGUUCUGAAGGCCAUCGAGCAGGCGGACCUACUGCAGGAGGACGCCAAAGAUGCAGAGACCCCUCGCAGCGUGCUGGAGGAAAUUGGACUCACAUAAUCAUUUUCUCCGUCAUCAUCCUCCUCAUCAUCAUCAUGGUUUGGCCUCAGAUCCCUGUCCUGUGCUGGCUACUGUUCUUCAUAGACCCGAUAAUUCUGAUUCACCCUCCAGCUAACGCAAUCACACAUUCUGACUGUAAAGUCAUACCUAGCAGUUUCUGCUUUUUAAUUAUUAUUUUUCUAUCCUUCUCAGUUUUCCAAUGUGCAGUGUGAUGAUAUAUGGAAAAAAAAAACAGCAAUUUAUUAUGCUUUUUAUGUUUUGUUCUCAAAUAAGGGAAUAGAUUGUGUCACGUUAUUUAAAGGGAAGUCUAAAGUAUUACGUUAGAACCAAAGAGUUAAGGUCUCAUCGUUGGGAGGUUAUCAAUAGCCAAUCAGUUUUAAACUGAAGAUGUGUGUGUCUUAAAACACACUCACUGUGAUCACGCAACAACGCAUCACUGUUCAGUCCAGAAUAAACGCUGUAAUAUCUUCGUUUACAAGCUCAGGCCGCUCCGAUUGGUCAAACUUUGGCUUUACAAAAAUAGCCGAUUUACAGUCGAAUGCCUUAAAACCACUGACUAGUAUUUUAUUUUAUUUUUUUUUAAUGGCAACAAUGUAGCAGGUAAACGCGCUGGAUUGUUUUUUCUUCACGUAAAAAUGCAAGAAUCAAGCCGACUGUUUUUCAUUUCCAUGUUUACAAAUGUGUCGACUAAAAGUCGGACUAAAAGACAGAGACGUGCAGCAACUGUUAACACCGCCUGAAACAAGAACUACCCAUCCAUCCAUGGUUUAUACCCACGUGUUCUUGUAAGGGCUGGUGAGUAACUUUAGACCCCCAGAUUAAUUUAGACAUCAUUUCCUGCCUCACAGCUAACAAAGACGUCUAGAUGUUGCUGAACUAAAUGUGGAAGCCAGUUGCCGAUGCAGCUCUAGUGUGGUUUUGUAAGACAGAUCAGGAUGACAUCAAAAAGUUAGCUGAUUUUAGUGACUUAAUUCAAAAGUGAAACUUGUGUUUUAUGUAGAUUCUUUAGACACUUGGCGACAUUUAGUUUUGAUAGUGACAAUUAAAAGCUAGCAAAAACUCCAAACUCAAGCAAAUCUUAAACAUUUCAAAUGAAUUGAAAGUCAAUGGAAAGUUGAUUGGAAGAAAAAAAUGUGGUCGAAAAAGGCAAACAAGCACCUGAGUGAAGUUGUUCCCCCUUCCACCUUCUUCAAAUUAAAUAAACAUUUGUGCAGAAACAAAUUUUCAUUUGUGCGGCGACCGUUUUAAAGAUAUUGAUAAAUGUUUCGAGAGGUCAUGAAAGGUCAAACUGACCCCCGCUUUCUCACCCCCCUCAACAUUUACCAAAUCAAACAAAAAUAACUUUAGGUAAUAUCUUCAGAACAAACUUUUUUAAUGCUGCAGCAUUCUAAGACAUUUUGGUCAAUUUGAGGGAACAGUUUGGAGAUAGUCAUCUAAUGUUCAAUUAUGCCUGCAAAAUAGGGGAUAAUCAAAGUCCAUAAAGACACGGAUGACUGAGUUUGUUGAGGGAAAACUCGACUGGUCUGCUCAGAGCCACAACCUCAACCUGGAAGGACACUUUUCUGAUCCAUCAGAACAGAGUCCGUGAGUCGGGGCUUUUUGCCCAACAUCAGUGUCCGACCUCACAAAUAAGACCAUUGUGGAAAUAGUGGAUUCCUCCUAAACUCAAAGCUUUCCUAGAAGUAUUUGCAGCUGGUAUAGCUUCUACCAUGUCUGAUGCCAAACGAGUGGAUACUUUCGACGGUAUAAUGAAAUAUUUUUCACUUUUGAACUGAAUUACUGAAAUUAAUUAUCAUUUCAGAGAUGUCCCUGUUUGCUAAGUUGCAGCAGCCUGAAAGCAGCAGCGUCUAAAAAAGCUGAAUUGUGUACUGCCCAUACAUUCUAAACAAAGAGAAGUCUCACCGUAGGACUAAACGACGACGCACUGUGGAGUAUGUAAACUACCUUCUGACUGUGAUCAUAAAAAUAAUAAUUUAAAAAAAACCUUCAGUGGUGUAACUUUCUGUUUAUAAGAAGCAAUAGAAACAUAAAUCUUCAGAGUUUUUAUGCAUUGAAACAGUCAUUUUUAACAAUUUGAUCAGAAAAGAAAAAGAAGCUGCACACAUAAAAUGCCUUGGACGCAGGACUGUACAAAUUCCUUGUUAUAAAUGUGCAUUCUUGUGUAUGUCCUAUUUUGAUUUACAUGCUGAUGAAAUCCAAAUUGUGCUGUUUACAUCUUUUCUAUACCUCCUGAUGAGCGGCUUCUUGUCUAAAGAGUUUGUGUGGCACUUUGUGUUGUGUUUACAGUGAAAUAAAGGCCGUACAUUACCAAAGUUGUGUUUAUUGCUCGGUGUGAAGCGACUUGAAGAUGCUUUCUUGUUGUGAGGGAGAACGAUGCCAUCCUGAACAAGUUUACACUCUAUCUUUUUUU